AUGAUAUUUGAUAGGAAGGAACAAAAACAAAUUUCAUAUUCUUACGAACAACAGCUGAAUCACAAACGUUAUUUGGAUGAAUUGAAACAAGAAUUCUUGCGAUUGUACAACAACCCAUCAAAGUAUGAAAAGAGUGUAGAUGAUUUUGAUGUCGUUAAAAUAUUAGGGGUUGGAUCAUUUGGUACUGUUUUUCUCGUACGUGAUAAAUCAACUCUGCAUUAUAGUGCUAUGAAAGCAUUUGAUAAAACUCAGGUAGUUAAGAAGAAAAACGUCAAACAAGUUAUUCUAGAAAAGAAAAUACUGCAGAGCAUAACAUUCCCUUUUUUAAUAUCACUCGUUUGUUCUUGUAAAGACAAUUUAUAUCUCUACUUACUGUUACCUUUUGAAGCUGGUGGUGAAUUGUUUACAUUAAUCAAACGUAUGGGAAAUCUAUCGGAACCGCUGGCACAAUUUUAUGCAGCUCAAAUAGUGUUGGCUCUGGAAUACCUUCAUCAUUGCUGUAUUAUACACAGGGACGUCAAACCUGAAAAUAUCUUGAUAAGCGAAUCUGGUUACAUUAAACUUGCUGAUUUUGGUUUUUGUAAAGUUAUAAAGAGCAGGACAUGGACGAUAUGUGGAACUCCUGAAUAUAUAGCGCCUGAAAUUAUAUUAUCUAAAGGUUAUACAUAUUCCGUUGACUGGUGGUCCUUGGGAAUACUGAUAUUCGAAAUGAGUGCGGGUUACCCUCCCUUUUAUCAUUCAGAUACAAUGAAGCUUUAUGAGAAAAUUCUUAGCGGGGUUUUCAAGACCCCAGAUUACGUCACACCACAAUGCAAAACUUUAAUGAAACAUCUUUUGGACACCGAUCCCAGCAAACGUUACGGUUCUCUUAAAGCUGGCGUCUAUGAUAUUAAGAGUCACGUUUGGUUUGAGGACACUAAUUGGCAUUUGAUUUUGCAUCAAAAAAUGUAUCCACCAUUUAUGCCCGUGUUCCGUGCUCUUGAAUAUCCAGCGGAGAUGGCGAAGCAAGAAUAUCUUAGAGAUCGACUUUUGACAGAGAGAUGGAACCUUAUUAAAAUAGUCGCGGAUUAUUAUAUAAACGGGACAUCAGAAGUUAGUUUAGAAAAAGUCCUGGAAGACGCUUCUGGAAAUGGUCUAGCUUUAGACAUAGAGAAUAAUUUUCCACCGCUCGAAGAAAAGUGGAGUGUAUUGCAAGCUGUAUUCUUUUCUUCCACAGUGCUCACUACAAUAGGAUACGGCAACAUAGUGCCAGAGACGUUUUGGGGGAGAUUAUUUUGCAUCGCAUACGCACUUAUCGGCAUUCCCCUAACACUGACAGUGAUAGCUGAUUUGGGAAGAGUGUUUGCUACAGUUGUGUCAGUUGUAGCAAAACAAUUACCGACGAUGCCGAAAUGGUGUACUCGACUAUCGGAGGCCAAUCCGGCUGGGCAGAGAUCCUUGUAUGCUUUGUGGGCAGUAUGUUUCCUGUUCGUUUACCUCUCUGCUGGUGCGGGCUUGUUUAAAAUGUGGGAAGAUGACUGGACAUUCUAUGAUGGAUUUUAUUUCUGUUUUAUCACCAUGACGACCAUCGGUUUCGGUGACCUAGUUCCAAAGAGACCCAAAUAUAUGCUGCUGUGUACACUGUACAUACUUAUUGGAUUGGCGCUGACGUCUACUAUUAUCGAACUUGUGAGGCGACAGUAUGCCAGGUCUUGGCAACAAUUGCGAGCUCUCUCUGGGCCGUUCGCAGACACAUUGAGAAGACUCGGCGACGCCGGUAGGGGUGUCGACGUGUCCGCCUUACAUAACGACCUGAGAAAAGUUCUUACCAUUGUAACAAUGCCAAAACUCGGUAGCGCUCGGGAUUCGCUUGGCGAGAAGAGACAACUGGAAUUUGAAGCAGCAGUGGAAGCUGUUAUCAGGGAAAUAACCAGCCCAGUGUCGAGUCAACCGAAACCUCCAGUUGUCCAAAUUGUGAUAUAUGAAUCAUCAGUUUAA